AUGCAGAUGAGCGAAGGGGGCUACGAUCAGAAGUUGAAUGAAACUAUGAAUGUUGUCACGAGUAAAACUGGAGAGAUUGGAAGCAGAACCUGGGGGAUUGUGAAAGGAGUGAUGACAUUGGCCUCGCAGAAGGUGGAGGGGUAUGCCAAUGAAGGAGUUGUGGGCGGUGGCUGGGGAGACGAUUGGCAACAACAAAGGACGCAGAACAACAGUGAGCCGUACCAUAGGUAUGAGCAUGAGACCAGCAACGACAGAAACACCUGGAAUUCUCCUCAAGAUGGAUCAUCGAAGAAUCAUAAUUCCAUUUCUUGGGAUGAUUGGGAUGAACAAGACAAAAAGGCCGAGCCUGCACAACCAAGCCAAAGCAGCGACUCAUGGGCUUGCUGGGAUCAUGCGAAGGAUGAUGGCUUUGAUAGUUACAACAGUCAUAGCCCCAGCAACAAGGGGAGCAACCAGAAUGGGACCUCUGGUGGGUCAUAUUGGAAUGGCGGCUUCCGCUGA